CAGUACCUGGUUGUGGUGUUCAGAGACAAGCCUCUGGAGCUGUGGGACGUCAGGACCGGCACCCUGCUACGAGAGAUGGCCAAGAACUUCCCCACUGUCACUGCACUGGUACUGAACACACACACGCACACACACACAAAAACAUCAUAGUAUACAUGCAUAUACACCUAGGCAUUGUAAACUGAGGAAAUACUUUCCAAGAGUCUCUCUGAGUUGAUAAUUCUGUGUCUAUACAGUGCAUUCGGAAAGUAUUCAGACCCCUUGACUUUUUCCAAAUGUUGUUACGUUACAAUCUACACACAAUACCACAUAAUGACAAAGCGAAAACAGGUUUUUAGAAUUGUUUUAAAUAAAAUAAAAUAAAGCAAAUACCUUAUUUACAUAAGUAGUCAGAACAUUUGCUAUGAGACUUUAAAUUUAGCUCAGGUGCAUCCUGUUUCCAUUGAUCAUCCUUAAAAUGUUUCUACAACUUGAUUGGAGUCCACCUGUGGUAAAUUCAAUUGAUUUGAUUUGGAAAGGCACACACCUGUGUGUAUAUAUAUAUAAGGUCCCACAGUUCUUAAAUGGAAGAAGUUUGGAACCACCAAGACUCUUCCUAGAGCUGGCCGCCUGGCCAAACUGAACAAUCGGGGGAGAAGGGCUGGUCAAUGAGGUGACCAAGAAACCCGAUGGUCACUGAAAGAGCUCCAGAGUUCCUCUGUGGAGAUGGGAGAACUUUCCAGAAGGACAACCAUCUCUGUAGCACUCCACCAUUCAGGCCUAUAUGGUAGAGUGGCCAGAUGGAAGCCACUCCUCAAUAAAAGGCACUUCACAGCCAACUUGGAGUUUGCCAAAAGGCACCUAAAGGACUCUCAGGCCAUGAGAAACAAGAUUCUCUGUCUGAUUAAACCAAAAUUGAACUCUUUGGCCUGAAUGCCAAGCGUCACGUCUGGAGGAAACCUGGCACCAUCCCUACGGAGAAGCAUGUUGAUGGCAGCAUCAUGCUGUGGGGAUGUUUUUCAGCGGCAGUGACUGGGAGACUAGUCAGGAUCGAGGGAAAGAUGAAUGGAGCAAAGUACAUAGAGAUCCUUGAUGAAAACCUGCUCCAGAGCACUCAGGACCUCAGACUGGGGCGAAGGUUCACCUUCCAACAGGACAACAACCCUAAGCACACAGCCAAGACAACGCAGGAGUGGCUUCGGGACAAGUCUCUAGAGAGACCUGAAAAUAGCUGUGCAGCGACGCUCCCCAUCCAACCUGACAGAGCUUGAGAGGAUCUGCAGAGAAGAAUGGGAGAAACUCCCCAAAUACAGGUGUACCAAGCUUGUAGUAUAAUACCCAAGAAGACUUGAGGCUGUAAUCGCUGCCAAAGGUGCUUCAACAAAGUACUAAGUAAAGGGUCUAAAUACUUAUGUAAAUGUGAUAUUUUUUAUAAAUUAGCAAAAAAAUCUAAAAACCUGUUUUUGCUUUGUCAUUAUGUGGUAUUGUGUGUAGAUUGAUGAGGCUGUAACAUAACAAAAAGUGGAAAAAGUCAAGGGGUCUGAAUACUUUCCGAAUGUACUGUACUCUCUCUCUCGCCUGUGUACACGUUGGUAUAUUUUCAAUUUGUAAGAUUAGUUGAGAAAUUUCUCCUCUCUCAGCAAGGAAUUAGCUUCAUUAGUCCCAAGAAAAAUGGAUAAAAGGUGAUUGAUGUUGGCCAAACUUUACUGUGGGCUGUAAAAUCGUAUCCACAGUAAUGUUAAUAAUGCAUGCUAUCCCCAUCCCCAUACUGCCUGCUCAUUUCCACAUUGAUUGCACCCUCCGGGCAAAAUGGGGCAGCGGUUAGGGCCGCAAUCCUGAAUGAUGAAAUAGGGUAUGGGAAAGAGCUAUUUUGUGAAUUUGUGGUUGUGUGGGUGUGGAUGAAAAAACAACAACAUUUUUCCUAUCUCAAUGUUUAUGUCCACCAAUAAUGGUGUACCUCAAGAUGUCAGGCAGCUGAAGAAAUCUCUAUGAACAUUGUGUGUGUGUGCGCCAUGCACUUUUUGCGGGUGUGUGUGCAGGAGUGGUCCCCCUCCCACAACCUGAAGAGUCUGAAGAAGAAGCAGAUGUUAGCACGGGAGGCCAUGGCCAGACAGACCACUCUGUCUGACACCGAGCAGAGCAGCGUGGAGUACAACGUUAUCAGGUCAGAGAGCAGGGGGCAUGAAGGGGGGGGGGUGGGUCGCACCUCAGCACUAAGGCCUGGAGUUUUGCCACAUGGUCAGAAAAAAACUCCUGGCCCUACUCAACAUUACUCAUAAAUUCAUUGUAAAUGCCCAAUGUGUCUUUCUUAAUAUUGUGUGUGUGUGUUUCCUGAGGCCAUCUCGUAGUGAGAUGUGGUGUCAGUAUGUAUCUAGCCCAGGGGUAGGAAACUAGAUUCAGCCGCGGGUCGAUUUUUGUCAGAGCGGAGGGGUCGGAACGUUAUUAUAAUAAUGUGUAAGAUGCAAAUUGACCACAACUAAGCCCAAAAAGAGAUUGUAUUUGAAAUUAUUUCAUACCUUGAUUACAUUGAGACACAAUCACGUCUCUUUUUUUAUUUGUGGGAAUACUUGUUAACAGAUUUCCUGAAUUAAACACAUUUUUAGCUGAAUUCCUGGUGAUGUUAGUCUUUUUUUGACCAAAAGCUAAAAUCUGAAAGGGGCAAAAUAAACCACGGUCCGGUUUAUUUGCUGACCCCUGAUCUAGCCCUCGCUUUAUCAGUGGUCCUCACUUUAAUAGUAAAACGUGUUUGUGUGUCUCUAGUCUUCUGCAGGAUGCAGAGAGUAAAUCGGAGGGAGGAGGCCAGGCCAUUUCAGCGAGGGAACACUUUGUGUUCACAGACACAGACGGACAGGUGUACCACAUCACUGUCGAGGGGAAUACCGUCAAAGACGGUGCCCGCAUCCCCCCAGACGUGAGUCUUAACUCUACCUCCUUCUCUACCUCCUCUCCUAGCUUCUCCUUCAUGGACGCUGUUGUAAUUUUACUGCAAUUGUAA